CCCCCAGUGAGCUGAGUGAAUUCAAUGCGUGUGUGUUGAUCGAAAGUUAAGUAUGAGGUUCAAAUCGUCCGUCGCUCUAUUGUGCCAGUGCCAGUAGCUAUUAAGUAUCUAGAACCUCUUUUCACGUCAUGUUUAUUUCCUGGUGUUAAAAUCAGGCAUGGCGCACUCUAUUUUCGACGCCUUGACAGGAGUCUCUUUGGAUCCUUCGGUGCAGUCGCUUCUCGAAUCUCAAGCAUUAAUUACAGAAGCUGAAAACGCCGCUGGCAUAGACCAGGAUGAGGAAGAUAUAUUUCAGUGCGGAAAGUGCAAAAGCCAAUUUACAUCCCUGCACAUGUUUAUACUGCACAAAAAACAGCACAUCAAAUUGGAAGAGCAGACUGUGGAUAUUAAUCAAUACCUGACCUGCAACGACGAUCGUAUACAUCAACCUGAACCCGUAAGCCAGGAAAAUGUACAAUUUCCUUCGCAAGAAACGUUCAUACAGGCAGAUACGAUGGGUGAACCUAUCAUACUCGAGGAAAGCGACAUGCUGUUUAGUAUGGAGCAGGAAGGUGCGAGCUACUUGACUCCCGAUUCGAGCUUCAGUCACGUGCCGAUAAUUCUGACGUCAGAGAACCUCGAUAGUUUUGAAAAUCCGGUAAUGAAUCCUGAAAAUGACACUGUGCAAGAGCUGAAAGAAACUCAAUUAUCGCCUGAGCAGUGUUUGAUGCCUGAGAAAUCUUCUGUGGAGACUGAAACUCUCGUAUCGUAUCAACAGAAUAAUAACGAAGAAGAGGAAGCUGGAGGUGGACAAAAUUUAAAGUACAAAUGCAGCUACUGUGAAAAACAGUUUUCUAAAAAAUUCUACUGGCAGCAACAUGUGCGAUCUCAUACCGGUGAAAAACCAUAUCAGUGUGUUGUUUGUGGACGAGCAUUUGCCCAGAAGUCAAAUGUCAAGAAACACAUGUCGUCGCAUAAAGUCUGGCCCGGCACAGCUAUACAUUCUCUACCACCAGAUACACCUCCUGAUGGAGACAUGGAUCGUACUUAUCAUUGUCAGUUCUGCAAAGAGAUAUUCGAUUCGUACAAAGCAUUGAAAAGGCACCUAAUUGUCUCCCAUCUAACGCUGAAAGUAUACAAAUGUGUGCAGAACAGCUGCAGCUUGAUGUUUGCCGAACUCGAGGAUUUUCUCGAGCACACUCGUAGCCAUAAACGUUCAGAAUAUCGUUGUCACGUUUGUGGCGAAGUCUUCAACACGCUGUCAGAUCUGGGUCUCCACCAAUACACGCAUUCUUUUCAAAAGCAAAAGACUUCGGAAAAGUACUACUGCUGCUCUGUGUGCAAAUCGUCGUUUGCCAAUCUCGAGGCUCUUCAGCAUCACACCGAAACAACGACGCACAAUUACGCAUGCCCUCACUGCAGUAAAAGCUUUCCCGUCGAACGGUAUCUGCGUCGGCAUUUGAAAACGCAUGCAACGUCGGCUGAAUUCACCUGCGAAGAUUGCGGAAAAGCUUUUAAAACUGAACAAUACUUGGCCAAUCACCGAUUAAUUCACAGCGAAGCGACUCCGUUCCCUUGUCCGCACUGUUCAGCAAAGUUUAAGAGGAAAGAUCGACUCGGUCGCCACAUGCUCAUCCAUGAUUUAACAAAGAGGCUCAAAUGCCCGUUCAGAGGAUAUUUGGGAUGCAUGAGCGAAUUCUCUCGCCCUGAUAAACUGAAAAGACACCUGCUUACCCACAGCAAUAUCAAACGGUUCAACUGUACCCAUUGUAGCCGAAAUUUUCAUCGAGCUCAAGCACUGAAGCAUCACGAAAUCAACAAACACAAUGUAAAGUGCGACACUUGCUCGCAUGCUUUUAAGUCCAAGGAGCAGCUGGUUCUUCAUAAUUGCGAAAUUACCGCAACCGAUGUUAAGCGACACCGGAAGGCAUCUGGGAGUUUCAAACCGCGAAAACCAACGCCACGUAGGCAAAUUUUAUCAAAACCGACAAUCAACAGUGGAGAUAAAGAAAAACCUGGAAAACCCCAAGCCGAGGAAUCACAAGUCAAGGAUUUUUUACACGAGGCAACAGAAUCGGAUGUCAAUAAUCGCAAAGCGAUAGCAAUGACAAAGGAAGAGAUUACGGAGAUAUCUAACACGUCGAAUCCUGCGUUCGAAAUGAUCUUGUUACCCUUUCCGGCUGAGAAAGAAACUGAAUACGAACUGCAAGUGCAUUCAAAUAAGGAUAGUAAAAAUUUGCAAGACAUUUCAACUUGUUGAAAUAAAAACUGAUCAGCUGUACGGUCAAGCUGAAGAAGAAAAAAAAAAACUUCAACAUAUAUUGACGGUCGACGCAAAUUUUGACUUUUUAAUUGUAUAUAUGUAUAUUAUAUAUAUUCUUUAUAUGCAUUUGAACUUUUUCAUGUUAGAUGUUAACAUUUUUUACUUCAAGAGAUUUAAGAUUUUGCUGAAAAGUUAAGCAUAUUUCUGCAUUUGUGACCCGAAACACUAACAUUUUCAAAAUUAUGACCAACUAAAGUUUCAAAAAGAUGGUAAAAACCUUGGAGCUCAAACAUCAGCGACGUCUUAUAACUGUUGAUUGGCUUGUGAGCAGGUUAUUUGAAAUUUAAUAUACUACUUUAACUUUGCGAUCCUUGAAUCAUCAAUUCCUGACAAAAUAAAUUUCAAAUUGAUAUCGGCAUAUGUAAAGAAAAAUUGUAAAUUAAUAUAUAAGUAAUGCCCUGAAGUAAAAAUGUGUCAUCGAUCCACGUGGAAAUGCUCAGAUAUAUAUCUUUUUUACAUAUCUGUGAUAAUUACAUUAUUAUUAUUAUAUACACAAACAGUCCAUGCACAGGUUCUGGCACCUAAAACUAUACGAGUCAGUCAAAAUGUCAGUUU